AUGGCCGAACAUCCUAUUCUACGCAGCGCAGCCAGCAGGUUCAAUCUCAACGACCUCGAUUCCCCAACAACUCCUCAGAGCAGAACCGCUGUCCCCAAAGACCCCGACUCAUCUACCGAAGAUGAAGAAGAGGUUGCUUUUGAGCUGGAAAAGCGAGCAUUGGCUGCCCUUCCACUGAAUCUCCAGAACACCAUGAGAGUCGUUCAUUGUGAGAGAAUCCGGCGUCUCCAGCGACAGGGAGCGCCUUUUCGAUUCACUACAACUCGCCAUUCACUACACUUGGAGCCGCCCUAUCAUGGAAGGCGAGCCUUGGAAACACAGCGAGAGGGGCUACAGCGAAUGUUGGCAAGAAGCCAGUCCAUACCCAACAUCAGCCUGGGCGUAGUCCGCCCAGUGCAGGCCACUGCCCAGCGUACAGUUUGGAUGUGCCCACGCCCUGUGCAACCCUUGCAUCCGGGCUCGUCAUUGCCCAGUAAUGCUGGCAGUGUUUCUGGGCAGAAGUAUUGGUACCAGUUCGACGAGGUUGACUGGUCUCGACAGAGGAACUUCGAGGUGCCCAGAGAGCCCGAAAAGCCUGGAAGAGCUAAAGUCACUUGGUUCGACGAGUACAAAAAUUACUAUGAGUCGACACGCCCGCCACAGACUUCUGGAUGCGAAAGGAAGGAAUUGAAGACUCACGACGAGGCUGAUCUCGAGGAAGACGAGAUCCCUUUUUCGACAAAAAUCAACUCUGCCAUUGCUGCCUCCCGAGCCCGUGUGAGAAAUGGACUUCACCAGCUGAGUCGACUUUUCAACCCGUGA